CUUGUCUUUCCACCCUAGAAAUCCUGGAGGGAGGACCGAAAUGUAGCAUGGAGCCAAUAAUGAGCCUGUCUUUUUAUUUAACUAUGAUUACAUGUCAAUCAAUGUCUGAUUCUGUUUCACUAGGCCAGUUCAUGCAGGAGCCAAAGAUACACAUCUUCAAUGAGAGACCGGGAAAGGACCCUGAGAAGCCAGAGGCCAGCAUGGAAGUGAAGGGGCAGAAGCUGAUUGUCACCAGGGGCGUACAGAAAGACUACAGAACGGAUCUCGUGUUUGGAACGGACGUUACCUGCUGGUUUGUGCACAACAGUGGAAAAGGAUUCAUCGACGGCAUUACAAGGAUUACUUCGUGCCUCAGCUCUAUAGCUUUCUCAAACGGCCUUGAAGGUUUAUAG